GGCCGGUCCGUUGAGCCGUCACCUGUGCCAGCCCGCGACGGUCUCCGGCUCGGGAGGUCAGGCACCGGCGGCUGCAGCGACCAGGGUCGGGUCACAUCACCCACCAACCAUGGCCGGUUCACACCUGCGCUCAGUGCUGGCGACUCUGGCGCUGCUGCUCUCAGUCGUCUCCGGCAGAAUGUUCCUGGUCAAAGGGAACGAAAGCUCGGACGGCUGCGGCCAGAACCCGCUCGUCACGCUGAUCCACGCAGCGCAGCAGUUCCAGGGCCUCAGCAUGAGCCAGCUGAUGGCCGCACUGGAGCAGGACCGCGAAGCGUUCGGCGAGCUCCUCGGACUCAUCCAGGCCUACCACGACUGCGUGCGCACCGGCGACGGCAUCCGGUUCAAGCGGACGCGCUCCAACACGCGCAGCUCGAUCCUGUCGCUGCUGAGGUCGUCGGCCACGGCCGUGCCGUCGCCACGCGCCUAGGCGCCGCGCCGCGGCCCGGAGCCGGCGCCCUGGAGGCUGGGCGCCGCCUCCGGUGUGCUCCUGCUCUACUGCGUGCUGACUGUGUGCCGCGCCCAGAUCGUUAUGACGCGCAUCCUGCUGCUGUGGCUGCUCGUCGUGAUACGAUAGUCACGUGAAUUCCAGGAGGAGGCGCCGCAAUAUAUGAGAGCAUAGGAGAAUUGUUUCAAUUAUCAAAGUAACAGCUCACUGUUGAUGCUGCUAAUGACAUGCCUUACUAAUAUAAAAUAACUAACGUUUACGCAGCCUAAAAAAUAACAAAACUUAUGAUAGAACGGAUGCUGAAGGCAAGGCAGCCAUUGCAUGGUCGCAUGCAGUUAUAGGAAUGUCCGACCUCAACCGCCCUGUGUCUUUGAAUACAUAUGUGUCGAUGUGCUGACAACUCAAGAUCUUUAACUCUCAGCUAAAUGAAAACGAGUAACACCAGCCACGUGCUUUUAGUUUCCAAGCAGUCUGUUGUGGCUUAGGGCAUAUUACGACCGAAUAUAUGUAUUGGAAUACCUA